CCCUUGCCCUGGCUCAAAAUAAUGUCACCCGCCUGAGACUUUCCUAUAUAACACUUUGUUACAGGUUGUUUCCUUUAGAAGUCUGCUUUAGGGUAUUAACGUAUCCACCACCAUUAUGAAGAACCUUUUCCAACUGAAUAUCCAUGAUUGCUGUAAGGCAAAAUAUGUCCUUUGCAAAAAUGAAAUAGGAAACGGAUCGUAUUCGCUGGUUUUUGAGUGCAAAAAUUCAAUAACAGGAAGACAUUACGCUGCAAAGAAAUACCUGAAGAAGCUAAUGCUAGGCUUGGAAUCUAUGGUUAGAAAUGAAUUCAAAGUACUCAAACAGGUCUCCAUGACAAGCUCAAACAUCUUGUCUUUGAUAGAUUAUUUUGAAACCGAUGAUAGUAUAUAUCUUGUCACUGAUUUGGCCAUGGGUGGCGACUUGUUUGACAAAAUAGUCCACAGUCCUCACGAACGUCUCAACGAAGACGAUACCAGAGAAAUCACAUAUUCUUUGGUGUCUGCGAUAUCGUAUCUUCACAGCAACUCAAUAAUACACCGUGAUAUCAAGGCCGAGAAUUUACUAUUCCAGACUCCAAAUUCUAAUUCCAUCCUAGUGGGUGAUUUUGGAUUGGCUAGAAUAUUACCACCAAAGGAGAAACUAUUUGAUGUUUCAGGAACUCUAAGUUACAUGGCGCCAGAAAUCCUUAAUAGAACAAUGGGAUAUACUGAUGCGGUCGAUAUAUGGGCUAUUGGAGUUGCUGUAUAUUUCAUGCUUGGUGGUUAUUUACCCUUUGAUUGUGAUAGUGAUAAAGAAACCAAGCAUGCCAUUAAAAACAGAUUGUACCUAUUUGAACCACGAGAAUAUUGGACAGGGAUAUCGUCACCAGCGAAAGAUUUUAUACGAUCUUGUUUUGAUAUGGAUCCCCAGACAAGGCCCAAAGCGUCGAGCUUGCUACAGCACCCAUUCUUGCUCUCCUCAAGUUUGAAAAUGUCAGACAGUGUAGAGAAUCUUUUACAUACUUCCACCUCGCCAUACAAGGACCAGAUUCGACUUAUUCUUGAAGAAAAUCCAAAUAGUUCGUCGCAUUCGUCGACCUCCAGAUCCUCAUGCAGCACUUUGUUAGAACGAGCCAGAUUGGAAUCAUUCACUGAGGGUGCGUCUCUGUUAGGAGACAUGUGUUUAUCUCCCGAAUGUGUGUCUACUUUUACCUCGCCAUUGAGUUCCCCAAGCGUAUCCCGGACUAGUUCGUUUGAUGAUUUGAUUAAAAUGAAGGAGAAGAUUCAAGUGAGUGUUGCAAACAAGUCUGCCCGGUUUUAUCUCUAAAUUUUUAGCGCCACUGUUGAUGCGGCUCAUUCUCACCACAAAUUUUCUUUUUCGUUCCUCGGAUUUCCGUUUGUUUUCAUCUUCAAUAUUUAGCAACAACUUCACCUAAUUACCCCUGUAUAUAUAUAAUCAAUUCAAUAUAGAGCUUUCCGACAGAUCCCGUUCAUGCAUGC